AACUUGAAUGUGACGGCGAAAAAAGGAGUAGAGCAGAACGAAGCUCACUCAAAUCAAGUUUAAUCGGUUUUAACUACUCGCUGCGGUUUUACUGAGUAAAAUUUAUCGCUGUGGGGUGUCUUAUUUUUCCUUCUAAACUGAAGGGUAACGCAGACAGCAGGGAUACAUCUGCAGAAAAGUUUUUUUUUUGUUUGUUUAUUUUUUAGCUUUUUAAAAUUUCUAGGACUGUUUUGUAAAUCCAGUUGACAGGAGACGCUCCGGAACCCCCUGCUGAUUGGUUUUUAUCGAGUUUGGUGCUGUUGAAGUUUCUGGUCACCUGAGACGGCUUUCACUUCUUCCUCAUCAGGACUGGAUGUGUUUUGCGCUUCAGCAGCGACUGUCGGUUAUUUAUCGCGUGAAUGGCAAACUGUGCGCUGUCUCUUAGGUGAAAGCGAACGUCGGGAAGUAGCGGGAUCACCUGUUGCCGCCUCAAAUCUGCUUUUUGCCUGCAAACAGGUACUACAUGUGUGUGUGAUUACCAGCUCUAAUGGUAGAAGCUAGCAGACCUCACCUGUGAGAGGAUCAAACCGCCUCACCAUGACAGAGGUCCAGAACCCAUGGCCACAGGGCACAGAGUGUGUGGCCAGGUACAACUUCAACGGCACAACAGAGCAGGACCUGCCCUUUAACAAAGGAGAUGUGUUGACUAUCAUUGUUGUGACAAAGGAUCCCAACUGGUACAAAGCUAAAAAUUCUGCAGGUCGCGAGGGAACGAUUCCAGCCAACUAUGUCCAAAAAAGGGAAGGUGUGAAAUCUGGGGGAAAGCUGAGUCUAAUGCCAUGGUUUCAUGGGAAGAUAACUCGGGAUCAGGCGGAGCGGUUGCUUAACCCUCCUGAGACAGGCCUGUUCUUGGUGCGGGAAAGCACCAACUUCCCUGGCGACUACACUCUGUGUGUGAGCUGCGACGGUAAAGUGGAGCACUAUCGCAUCAUCUACCACAAUGGCAAGCUCACCAUCGAUGAAGAAGUCUAUUUUGAAAACCUCAUGCAGCUUGUAGAGCACUACACCAAAGAUGCUGAUGGCCUCUGCACCAAACUAAUCAAGCCAAAGCUGGAGGAAGGGACGGUGGCUGCUCAGGACGAAUUUUCCAGGAGUGGCUGGUCAUUGAGCAGAAAAGACCUCAAGCUGCAGCAGGUUAUUGGAAAAGGAGAAUUCGGAGAUGUCAUGGUGGGAGACUACAGAGGCACUAAAGUAGCUGUGAAGUGCAUCAAAAAUGAUGCCACAGCACAGGCCUUUAUUGCAGAGGCUUCUGUCAUGACGCAACUACGGCACGAUAACCUGGUCCAGCUGCUUGGAGUGAUUGUAGAGGAGAACGGGAGUCUUUUUAUAGUUACUGAGUAUAUGGCCAAGGGCUGUUUGGUUGACUAUUUACGUUCCAGAGGCCGGUCAGUACUUGGUGGCGACGCUCUCCUACAUUUUGCAUUAGACGUCUGUGAAGCCAUGGCGUAUCUGGAGACCAAUAACUUUGUGCACCGAGACUUAGCCGCACGAAACGUCCUCGUAUCAGAGGACAACAUGGCUAAAGUCAGUGACUUUGGUUUGACCAAGGAGGCCUCUUCCACUCAGGAUACUGCUAAACUCCCCGUGAAGUGGACGGCACCUGAAGCACUGAGAGAAAAGAAAUUUUCCACCAAAUCAGAUGUUUGGAGCUACGGUAUUUUGCUGUGGGAGAUUUACUCUUUUGGCCGAGUCCCUUACCCAAGAAUUCCAUUAAAGGAUGUCGUGCCUCGAGUGGAGAAAGGCUACAAAAUGGACUGUCCUGAUGGUUGUCCUGAAGUGGUGUAUAACAUCAUGAAACAGUGCUGGAACCUGGAUCCUGCCGCCCGACCAAGUUUUCAGAUGUUGAAGGAGUGGCUUCAGCAUAUCACCCAAGGGAUGGGAAAAAGACAAUGAGGGAUCUGACAGACACAAAAUAGAUCCUCUUACUUCAUUUUGACCACUGAGACCAUAACCCUGGAUUUAAAAAAAAAAAAAAAAUCUCACAAGAACUGUAUAAUUUGGCAAAUUUCACAACUGCUGUUCUUUUUAGCAAACUCUCCAACGUCAGGUUGUUCAGACUGCAGCAACUUUCUCAGUCGAGUGGGGCCCUCAGGUUUAUCUUGUCUUCUUGCACUUUGUUGUCCAGAGUGAAUGAUUAACUGUCAUCAACAAGUCUUUCCUUAGAACACAGUGCUGCCUCAGAAUCAGUGCCUUGGCAUGUUUUCACAUCUUUUUUUGUCCUUUACAUUGAUAUCCUUAACAUAACGGCAGCGUUUUUUUAAUUUCACGAACCUGUAAAAAGUAACUUAAUUUGACUCAGCUGAGUGAAUCUAUAGUAUCAGUUUCAAAUUGAAAGAUGCUUCAAAAGUAGGAAUGCAAUUUUAGAUGUUGCUCUUUUUUUUUUGUAAUGAUACCAGGUACACACGUUUUGCAAGAAUGUUGGAUUAUUUUGCUUAAAGGACUAAAUUUCACCAAAAAUAAUAAUAAUUAUCCAACUUUAUCUUUUUCUGUUGUAUGAUAUUAAAAGUUUUAUGACCACGUUUUGAUCCUUCUCACAGUUCAAAAGGAAAAACAGUUUCAUUUGACAUCUUAAAUAUUUUGUCAUGCAAAUCUUUAGAUUUAAGCAAACUAUGUGAAUUUUGAGAAAAAAGAGAAUGUUAAUACCUGUACUGUACUGUCGUUUUCAAAAAUAAAAAAAAAAAUCUUUUUGAUUUUUUUUUUUUUUAUUAUUUCUGGAGGAACAAUUAUUUAACAUCACUUUUAAAUAAUCAUAUGAAAAGUUUUAGAAUAUUUCUACAAUAUUGCCCUGUGCUUAUACAUUAUAUAUUGUUAUUUUCCAUUCCACUGGAUGUAUUUGAAGUUGUUUACAAAUUAUUUAGGUGAUAAACUAAUAUGUAUUAUUGUUGGGAAAAAAUACCUGAAUGCCAUAUAGAGUAUCUGCAAUUUGCUCCACAGAAGCAAGCUACAAAAUUAAAAUGCAUAUAUAUUACAGAACCAGUUGUAUAUGAAAUUUCCCAUUCAGAAAUGUGCACUUGAUAUUCUGACUAUAUUUUAAUGACCACAAAUACGUUGCUGAAUAAUGAAACAUUGCCAUCAAGUGAGGAAACAUGACAUACUGUCACACUUAGAGAUGUGAAAUCUCUCUCAAAUUAGAAAAUAAUGUUUUUCUGCCAAAUUUAUA